UGAAAUGUGCAGAGAAAGCUGGUACGGCCCGCUAUAGUUUUUCAACACUUUACUGUUGCAUUGACGUAACUCCUCUGCGUGUGCAAAGCAUUUUCGCAGAUUUCCGGAUCAGACAUCGGCUCUAAGACAAAAUGCCUUUCAAGCCACCAGAGAGAGCUUUCUGCCCAAAGUGCAACCAGGCUGUGUAUGCCGCUGAGGAGAGAAUAGGCGCCGGAAAGAAAUGGCACAAGCAAUGCUUCAAAUGUGGCUUGUGCAACAAAGGACUGGACAGCACCACAGUAGCAGAGCACGAGGGCUUGGUGUACUGUAAAGGUUGUCAUGGAAAGAAAUUCGGCCCCAAAGGUUAUGGAUUUGGAGGUGGCGCAGGCGCACUCAGCAUGGAGACCGGAAGUCAGUUUGGCAACAAAGAAAGCGAAAUGUCGAACCGUCCUACCGAGGCUGUGAUUGGUGAGAAAUCUGGCCCUGGGCCUCACUGUCCUCGCUGUCUACGCACCGUGUAUGACGCCGAACGUGCCAUCGGAUUAAAUGACGCUUGGCAUAAAUCAUGCUGUUGUUGCAAGGAAUGCAGGAAGCCUUUAGAUGCUAGCACUUUGAGUAGACAUGAAGUAGAAAUUUACUGUAAAGGUUGUUAUGCCAAACAUUUUGGACCCCACGGCUACGGUGUUGGUACUCUGGCCAAGUAAUAAAUGAAGAUUUGGCAAAUACGUCCAUUUUGUUCCCAAACCUGGAUUAAUUUUAGUUGUAUGUUUCCCAUGUGUUACCAGUAGAUAGUGCCAAACGUUUAGGAGAAUCAUUAUUCUUGAAUUUGAUUAUUGAAGUAAUAUCAAACUUCGCUGUAGUGUGAUCCCAAGUUUACAAUUCUUGCAUCCCAACACAAAACGCAACAUGCUGUCCAUUGCACUACCGAAUUAUCUCUGUUCUUUUUGUUUGUGUCCUUGAAAUAGAUAGUAUAUGCAUGUAAUGUAAGGUAACUAUUACCUAUUGAAUAAUAAAUGUUUUCAACUGAUAUUUUGAUGAACAAAUGUUUAUAUGAAAAAUAUGAAAUAUAUGUUAUUUAAUUUAUUAAUUUAUAUUUUUGUCUAUGUGAGUGAAUAAAGAAACAUAAUUUAAA